GUCGGAAGUAUUUUUGUUUCCCAUUGGCUUAGACAGGCUAUUUAGAUGGUACGCAGCGAAGAUGAAUUCGGGGAGAAGAUCGAUCGAUGUUUGGCUGACUCUCUACUCAAAAUAAGUGGAGGAAUCGCCAUCGGUGUUGUAGCGAGUGUUGCAUUCUUCAAGAGCCGAUCCUGGCCGAUAUGGUUUGGAUCGGGUAUUGGACUUGGAACAGGAUGGUCGAAUUGUCGCCACGAUCUAGCACAACCUUACUUACUACAUGGGAAGAAAGUGCCUGUUGAAGAAAACACUAAAGGCACGACGUACAACAUCGUAUUAGAGAAGUGACCAGUUAACUCAUAUAGGUAGUAGAAGGGAUCGCACUAAUUGAUGAGUCUUGCUAUAUGUUACUUGACGAUGAAUUUUUUUAUCUACUUGUCUCGUAUCAACCUUAGCAUUCCUAGAAAUUCGCACCAGCUCAAUAAACGACAGAUUUUCUAUAUU